CAUGGUGGGGGAGGAGGCAGAGGGGUGCUCAAGUGCACAUGGCCCUGGAUGGGAGAGGCUGGGCUGGAGAGAGAAGGUUGUGAGAUGGAGGAGCCCAGCAGAGGGAGGGCAAGAAAGGAGGAGCUGUCACCUAUCUCCCGAACACCUGUGACUUCUCCCUACUCCUACCCAGCUGUGAUUCUCUGCACCUGCCACCUGCCCCACCCGUUCUUAUAAUCUCCCGCACACACGAGUGACUCAGACAUACCUGUGCCUUUCCUACACAGCUGUGACUUCCCAGCACACACCUGUGAUUUCAUAUAUACACAGGUGUGACUCUCCACAGUUGUGAUCGGACCCAUACAACUGCUGUUACCUUUCCCAAACAUCUGUGAGUGCCCCACAACUGUGACCUGCACCUACCCAGGUGUGGUGAACACACCAUGUUCCUAGGAGGUAUCUGCAAGACAGCCUUGGGAAAGAGUACAACUCAGGGACAGCCAGAGCUGUCCUGUGAGUGAGGUGGGGGAAGGUGCAGGCAAGGUGACCCAGGCCCUCCAGUAUGCACAGCCAGAGAGAGCAGGCAGGGCUGGACCCUCAAGCUGGACUACUGAUCCCAGGCACACCACUUGCACCAAUCUGGCCAGACCAGCCUGCAAGAGCAGGCUGCUGGGCAGGGCCCUGGAAUGGGGGAGGGCUUUGGGAAGGUAUCCUCAGUCUCUUCCUGCUGCCUGCCAUUAGAGCUUCUCCCUUGGACUGAGGCCAGCUGGAGACAUUGGCCUGCUGGUUGCUGGUUGCCUGUGUUGUGUCAACUGCUGCACUAGUUUUCUGGGGGCAUCAAGAGGUAGCAUAGCACCUCGGGGAGGGGGGUUAGGAGCUGCCUUGAUGCUCUCCUGUCCCUUCAGCCUUCAGGAGUUGUGCCAAGUUUUCUGGGCCUACAUGGUCAUUACUCUAAGACCCUGCUUCCUGAACAGGAUCAGCAGCCAUUGUUCAGGCCGUGGCCACGGUGCCCACAGCUGCCAGUACCCUGGGGCCAUCUCUCCCUCAACUCUUUCAGCUUCUCCAUUUCAGCUGGCCUGUCCCUGGAGGCCCAACCCCAGAUAGUAGACAACUAUGAAUGUCAUUUCUGCAGCAGCCACCAGGCCAGGGUGCUCACUGACUCAGACUCUGCUGCAGACCCAGGCAGCACUUUCUCCCUUGGGAGGGGACAUGGUUUUUCCUUCACUCUACCCUGGCAGGCAAGCCUGGGCCUGGGCAUCUGGCAGGUCUCAAUGAUCAACUUCUGAAUCCGAAUAAGUGAAACCACCAAUGAAUGAACAAGCACAUGGUCACUGAUAAACCCGCAGCAUACUCAUGGUCACACAAACACAGGGUCUCAGGGUCAAAGACAACAGGGCCUCACACACACCCAGUCCCAGGCACUAGCUCCUACACUCACAUACACGCACCACUGGAGUUUGUGCAGAGGCCGAGAUGGUCACUAACUAGGGCUUCACAAAGACACUGUGACCCUGACCCAGCAUGUUUACGAGUGAUGACAGAGCCCUGACUUCACAGUCUUUCAGAAAUAGGUCUCAAGAGCAGGGCUGACCCUCUAGGCAGCAGGCACAGAGCCUGAGGCCUACAGUACUUGUCCCACAAAAAUGUCUUAAUUUUUUUUAAUCUGAAGAAAAUAAUAAUGAGUAUAUAAUAAUGAACCCAGCCUGGAUUGUAUAUGUUUAUACCCACAUAGUUGUAAAAUACAUUCUUAAAUAUAUUUUUAAGGAGGAAGGGGCCCACAAAGGCAAAAGUGCCCAGGGCCCAGGAAUGUUGUAAUGUGGCAGUGCCUGAAAGUACACAACCCCUAGGCACCCAGACUAGAGGACCCAAAGAGGCCUCUGCCCAGCUAGGUUGGCCACCCAGGCUGCCACCCUCCCUAACCGCCCCCUGCCCUCCCAGUAAAUCCACAAAGCCCGUCCCUAGUGUUGACAGGGUGGGAGGGGCUACUUCCCCCCCUACUCCCACCGAAGGCACUUUGCUGGGGGGUGCGGAGGUGACUGCUGCCUGGCAAGGCCUCCCAAUCCAGGGCCUGCCCCUUGGCCCGCCCCCAGACUGGGUGGGGUCACCCCCUACAAAAGCUCAGAGUUUCCAGCAGCAGCUUCCUCUGAAAAUUUCUGGUGCAGCUGCGACCAGAGUUGAGGAACAACGGAAUCUGGCUGGGCCCUGCCUAUGCCCCCACCCCGGGGCUCAGGAAGCUUAGAGAUGAAGCCUUUCAGCCCUGAGGUCAGCAGGGACAAAUGGGCAGACUGGCGGGUAUAUAGAAGGGCGGGGCUAACCUGUCCUUGGUCACUAAGCAUCCCCUCCUCAAAUGGAUGGCCAGGAUUCUGGGGGGAAAGGAGAGGAAAGGCCCUCAUCAGCAGGUCAGCCUAAGGGCCAAGGGCCUGGCUCUUGGUGUUUUUCCCAGAACAGAAAUCACAGCCUUCGUAGCCCUUGGGGGAAGUGGGGGAGGGUGGGCAGUUUGAGGCCAGGCUAAGGCCCGUGAGAUUGAGGGCAGGGGCCUGGCCCAUGAGGCAACUCAGAUGUGGCCUUCAAUGGCAGGGCUACCCUCCCUGCCUCUCCUCUGCCUUCUGACCUUUGUGAGGUCAGUGUUUGCCUGAAACCAGAGCAGGGGCAGUUUAAUGAGCAAGGGGCUUGGUCUGCCUGCCCUAAGCUGGGUUAAAGAGUGUUUGAGGCCUGCUCUCAGCUCUGCCUCCCUUGAACAGGUUCCAAAAGACCCAUCCUGUGCCAUGGCAGCCCACCUGCUGCCCUUUUGUGCUCUCUUCCUGACCUUGCUGGGCAUGGCCCAAGGCUCCAGGGGACCUGUGGUACCCAACAAGCCCUUCGCCACCAUCUGGAAUGCAAACACCCAGGGGUGCCUGGAGAGACACGGUGUGGAUGUGGACGUCAGUGUCUUUGAUGUAGUGGUCAACCCAGGGCAGACCUUUCGCGGCCCUGACAUGACCAUUUUCUACAGCUCCCAGCUGGGCACAUACCCCUACUACACACCCACGGGGGAGCCUAUCUUUGGCGGCCUGCCCCAGAAUGCCAGCCUGGACACGCACCUGGCCCAAACACACCAGGACAUCCUGGCUGCCGUGCCUGCACCUGACUUCUCAGGGCUGGCAGUUAUUGACUGGGAGGCAUGGCGCCCGCGCUGGGCCUUUAACUGGGAUGCCAAAGACAUUUACCGGAAGCGCUCACGGGAGCUGGUACAGGCGCAGCACCCUGACUGGCCAUCUUCUUGGGUGGAGGCAACGGCCCAGGACCAGUUCCAGAGGGCCGCGCAGGCCUGGAUGGCAGGCACCCUCCAGCUGGGGUGGGCACUGCGGCCUCGUGGCCUUUGGGGCUUCUAUGGCUUCCCUGACUGCUACAACCAUGACUUUCUAAGCCCCAACUACACAGGCCAGUGUCCACUGGGCAUACGUGCCCAGAAUGACCAGCUGGGAUGGCUAUGGGGCCGGAGCCGUGCUCUCUACCCCAGCAUCUACCUGCCCGUAGCACUGGAGGGCACAAGGAAGGCACAGAUGUAUGUGCGGCACCGUGUGGGUGAGGCUUUCCGUGUGGCCAUGAGUGCUGGAGACACUGACCUGCCAGUGCUGCCCUAUGCCCAGAUCGUCUACAACAUGACAAACCGCUUCCUGCCCCUGGAUGAGCUGGAGCACAGCCUGGGAGAGAGUGCAGCCCAGGGAGCAGCAGGAGUGGUGUUGUGGGUGAGCUGGGAGAACACACGAACCAAGGAAUCAUGCCAGGCCAUCAAGGAGUACGUGGAUGCCACGCUGGGGCCCUUCAUCCUGAAUGUGACCAGCGGAGCUCUGCUUUGCAGUCAGGCCCUGUGCUCGGACCAUGGCCGCUGUGUCCGCCGCCCCAGCCACCCUGAGGCCCUCCUCAUCCUCAACCCCACCAGUUUCUCUAUCCAGGUCACACCCGGUGGUGGGCCUCUGACCCUUCGAGGUGCCCUGUCACUCGAGGAUAGGGCUCAGAUGGCUGUGGAGUUCAAAUGUCACUGUUACCGUGGCUGGCGGGGAGUGUGGUGUGAGCAGCAGGGCAUGUGGUGACUGGUCACCUAUGAGAACACACACCUUGAGCAUCUAAUAAUGCACUCUGGGCCUGGCCACAGCUUUCCAAGUACAGGCACAGUCACACAAGUCAUGGUCACAGUCGGGCGUGCACUCAGUCAUCACCAUGGACAUCUGCCCAGCACAUGCACGCUUGCCCGCCCAGGAGUGUCACAUAAGGAGUUAAAGCCAUGGGCAGACACCAUCCACUCAUGUCCACAGGUGCCCCCCAGCAGGGUAAUAGCUAAUUCCUCCAGAGACAUGGAGCCAGACUUUAAACUGCAGCCAUCAUAGAAGCUGACGUUCGCCGAGCAUUUAAAGUAGACGAGCUCAUUUAAUCCUUCCAACACUAUUAGGAAAUUGAGGUACACACAGGAAGGGUAAGCACUUUGUCCAAAAUCGCAGUCAGGAGGAGAAGCAGAAAUUCGAACCCAGGCUGUCUAGUUACAGAGGUGGAGCCCUUGAGCUCCUACAGUGUGUUGAUGGUGACCAGCCCUGCACAAGUCCUGAACGCAUUCAGAGACACUAGCCCCGCACAGCCCUGCAAAUAAAGAAGGCAUGAAUCUUCCUUUGAGGGCUGUUUAUUGAGAGCCUAAAAUGUGCAGGCCCCGGGAUCUACAGGGCAUGGGAGAGACCAGGCUGACUCGGUUAGCCCUCUGUACGAGGGCGGCUGCUUCCGAGGGCGGGGCCCAAAUCUCAGGAGGAAACU